GGGCACAGCAGGCACUAAAAUGGCCAGGCGACAGCCAAGUGGCUGGCUGGUAUAUAAGCGGGGAGCAGAGGGCUCCAUGGCUGGGUGACACCUCAUUUGGCUGUGGUGAACAGGAUCAGAUCCCAAGGACUGUUACUUUUGUUCUUGUCUGGUGUGCAGUGUUCAGAAAGCAAUCAUGCCUUUCGGAAACACCCACAAUAACUUCAAGCUCAACUACACAGUUGACCAGGAGUUCCCUGACUUGUCCAAGCACAACAACCAUAUGGCCAAAGCCCUCACUAAAGACAUUUAUGCCAAGCUGAGGGACAAGCAGACACCUAGUGGCUACACUUUGGAUGACGUCAUCCAGACUGGUGUUGACAACCCUGGUCACCCCUUCAUCAUGACUGUUGGCUGUGUCGCUGGUGAUGAGGAGUCCUACGACGUCUUCAAGGACCUGCUGGACCCCGUCAUCUCUGACCGUCAUGGUGGAUACAAGCCCACUGACAAGCACAAGACCGAUCUGAACUUCGAGAACCUGAAGGGUGGUGACGACCUGGACCCCAACUAUGUCCUGUCCAGCCGUGUCCGUACCGGCCGCAGCAUCAAGGGAUUCACUCUGCCCCCCCACAACAGCCGUGGCGAGCGCAGAGCCAUUGAGAAGCUGUCUGUUGAGGCUCUGACCAGCCUGGAUGGUGAGUUCAAGGGAAAGUACUACCCCCUGAAGUCCAUGACUGACGCCGAACAGGAGCAGCUAAUCGCUGACCACUUCCUCUUUGACAAGCCCGUCUCCCCCCUGCUGACCUGCGCCGGUAUGGCUCGUGACUGGCCUGACGGCAGAGGAAUCUGGCACAAUGACAACAAGACCUUCCUGGUCUGGGUGAACGAGGAGGACCACCUGCGCGUCAUCUCCAUGCAGAAAGGUGGCAACAUGCGGGAGGUCUUCAGGCGUUUCUGCGUUGGCCUGCAGAAGAUUGAGGAGAUCUUCAAGAAGCACAAUCACGGCUUCAUGUGGAAUGAGCAUCUGGGCUACAUCCUGACCUGCCCCUCCAACCUGGGCACCGGCCUGCGUGGCGGUGUGCACGUCAAGCUGGCCAAACUGAGCACACAUCCCAAGUUUGAGGAGAUCCUCAAGAGGCUGCGUCUGCAGAAGCGUGGCACAGGCGGCGUGGACACCGCCUCCGUGGGCGGCGUGUUCGACAUCUCCAACGCCGACCGUCUGGGCUCCUCUGAGGUGGAGCAGGUGCAGCUGGUGGUUGACGGCGUCAAGCUGAUGGUAGAGAUGGAGAAGAAGCUGGAGAAGGGAGAGGCCAUCGACAGCAUGAUUCCCGCUCAGAAGUAAAGAAAGACAAUGGUGACUUUCUCUCGUGACCAUUUAUGUGCAAUCAAGCCAGCUGACGGGCGUGCAGAGAAAACGGCUGCUCACCAAGAGACUCACGUUUUUCCUCCUUCCAGCUUUUUUGUUGUCUCUCUGUUCUUCCUGUUUUUAUUCAUGUUCUCCUGUGUUGGUUGGUAACAUCCUGGGAUCAGCCUCCACUGAACUGGGCCUGCCUAGCACACGUGGCAUAACCUACUUUUUGUAUAAUAAAAAGUAGCGAGUAUUGAAUCUGUUCACCUUGAUCAAUAAAAAAGUGCCCCAUGAAACAACUAAA